AAAAAAAAAAAUUAUAAAAAAUAUUAAAUAACGUCUCGUAAAUAUAAAACUAGAAAUGGAUCUUCGUGAAGAAUUAAAAGAGAACAAACGUCAACUAGAGAACGGUGAAAUCAAUGAGAACGAAUAUAGCACACGCCGAAAGACAUUAUUAAACAAAUGGACAAACGAGUCAAAGAAAACGGAGAAAAUUAAACCUAUUCGCGCUGUUAACAAACCAAAGGAAAUGGAUUUAUACGAAAUCCUCAAGUUAAAACCCAGCGCGACUAAAGAUGAAAUUGGUUCAAGCUAUAGGAAACUUGCGAAGAAGUACCAUCCUGACAAGAAUGACGGCGUUGAAACCGAAGAGUGGGGAAAAAUCUCAAAAGCAUACCAAAUCCUCUCUGAUGAUAACAGCCGUACACUUUAUGAUAAUUUCGGAACAAUUAAUAAUUCCUUAGGAAGUAAAGCAUCAUUCAACUCACACGUAGGAGGAGAAUUAUGGCAAUCCUACAUUGGCAACUUAGAAAUUGGCCUCUGGUUGCUUUCAUUUAUGGAUAACAGCGAAUUAGAAAAUUUAUUCUCAACUGGAGAAAAAGAGCGCCGUCAUGCCAUUCGCGUAUCCAGCAUUGUUCGUUAUUUACAAAAUAAAUUAUUUCGAUCCCCAGAACAAGACGAAUCAUCACAAUUUGAAAAGAGCCUCUGUGAAGAAGCUAAAAAACUUUCCUAUGAACAUAAUGGUAAAGAGCUUCUAUCCACUUUAGGCAAAAUCUACAUUGAUGAAGCAGAAGCCUACCUUAAAAAAUCUUCUACAGUAGAGAGUAAUGAUUUUAUAGAGCGUUUGCUGUUAUUUUUAAAUAUUUUCUUUGGAUACUUAACGAGCCUAACUAAGAACAAACCAAAUCUGGAAGAGGUCAAUAAAUUAGUUUGGAAGCUUUCAAAGUCAGAAAUAUCUUCCAUCGCUCGAGAAACCUGUGAAAAAGUUCUUCAUGACAAGAAUCGCAGUGAAGCUGAAAGUAUUCAAAUUGCCGAAUAUAUGUGUAUCCUGGGUAAAGUGUGGCUGGAAGAAAGCAAAUUGUAGUUUUUUUCUAGCUUUAUUCUUCAAAUGAUGUUGUAUAUUUCUGUUUAUACAUACAUAUAUUUUUAAAAUCGAGCAAAUUCAUCAGUUUAAGCAAAAAUUAGUUAAUAUUAAGUGAAAAUUAUUAUACAAUAAACUCUUUCCAUUAUUUAAAGGUGUUAUUAUGCAUGCCACCCGAGAUGCCUACUUUUAACAGUUUUUAUAAUUUUUUAAAUAAUAACGUGUUAUUUUCACCCCAUGGCAAAAAUAACGUCUACCAAGAUUUAAUAGGCUGCAUAAUAAUUUUUUAUAGUGCGAAGGGUAGCUUUGUUACUUAUAUCAUACAGGAAAGUUUCUAUAUUUUAGUUCUGAAUCCUAUAUCUAUAUCCCUUUAAAAAAAUGAGACGAGUCAAAGGGAAAAUUCUUAUAUAGGUAACAUGAAUAAUUUUAAGUACCAAUUUUAUUUGUAAGCAUUGUUUAUGAAAAGUGAAAACUACAUAUAAUCAUAUAAUCU